AUGCUGGCCAUUGCAGAGCAUUCGGCGUUCAACUCCUUGGCCAAGACAGGUAACCGCCUCUGCGACCGAGGCUGGUUCAUGGAGAGCAAGAGAAUCAUGACCGAGCACUAUCGAAGGAGACCUGCCAAUUUCGACUUGGUGCGACUUCGGUUAGUUGAGUCUUUCUACAUGAUAGCCAUCGAACGUGUUGAUCGCUUUUCGGCGGCUGUGAUCGAUGCUGUGAACGAAGCUCUCACGGCCGGUCUGAAUAACCAGAAGACUUGGGCUGGGUGUUCGGCGGAUAGCUACAGUUCGGACCGUGCACUCUGGUGGGUGCUCUAUCUCAUGGACCGUCAAGCCGCCCAACGUUACGGGAGGUCAUAUUUGAUCCACGACACCGACUUCAUGGUAGACGAUUUCUCCGAGGAAUGUCGACAGGUGCUAAGCACCGAUCGGUCCGUACCCAUCCCAUUUCUUGUCUGUGAAUCCCUCGACCGCACAUCGAGCAGCAACGCCGAAAACCAGCCACAGCAUGCAUAUAUCAACCAAUACGAAUGGUUCUCUUACCUCCAGUUCUUAGUCACUAUCGGUCGCUUGACGGCCCGGUCUUGCGAUUCAUUCUACUGCCUCAGGUCGCCCAAGGCUGGUGACCACGAAGAGACCACGAUCAUUGAUGCGCUUUUGUUGCGAGCGAGUAACGCUAUCUGCCCAACGCUGGCCUGGCAAAGCGACCCUGCUCCAGAUCUGAGCGCCAUAGGUCAACCGGCAUCCAAACAACUCACGGACCUAAGACUUCUUGUCUACUUAAGGAUCAAUAAUCUGCGCCUAUCAAUAAGACGACACCUGUGGAAGGACAGGAAGUUAGAUUUGACUGACACCAGUCAGUAUCACCGCAGUGAAAGCAUUCCGGAGGUCUAUAUUUGCCGCCAUAUUGCCAGCGACAUCAUCACUGCAUUAGUGGAUUAUAAGCGAAUUCAACCACGCCCGCUCAUGACCCUGUUCUCGGCAAUUUCCAUCAUUGAAUGCAUCUACAACCUCGUGGCGCUGCCCAAAGUCUCGUCUAUGAUGAAUGAGAAUCAAUGUGAACUCGUCACUGAAAAGGUCAAGAAGGGCGUGCAAUGUUUGGAGAAACUUGCCUAUGGACGAGACACAGUAGCCCAGACAGCCUACCAUAGGAAGCAAUUGUUCCAUCUUGAAUCCCAAGCAGAACGACCUAUCUAUCUUCAACCCUAG